AUUGGGCAGUGCGCAUGCGCCAGGCGUCCUGCUUGGGACACAAUGCUGCUGCUGUCAUGAUGGCCAGCUCUAACGUUGGACUAGGCAUGAGGAGAAGGUGGUGGCAGUAAGGCAGUCCGUAUGGAUGCUCCACGCUCCAGGAAUCCCCACUGCACCGUCGCCUUCUCGAGAGGUUCCUUUAGAUUUUUGCUUUUAUAUUUUGCUGCCAAGUAGCUGGACACUGACCCCCCUUGCAGUAUGCUGACUCAGCAGCCAUCUCAGCGCACUGACAUCCAGGCUGCAGACUCCACGGGUUCAUUUAAUAAAAGAAGACGAAAUUCAGUUUUUGUAACUGUGACGCUCCUCAUUGUAUCCUCAUUAAUUUUUACGCUUGGCAUGGCUGCAACAACGAGAACAGAAAAUGUGACCGUGGGAGGCUACUAUCCAGGGGUUAUUCUCGGGUUUGGGUCCAUACUUGGGAUUAUUGGAUCCAAUCUGAUAGAAAACAAGAGACAAAUGCUUGUUGCGUCCAUAGUUUUUAUCAGUUUUGGGGUGAUUGCGGCCUUUUGUUGUGCGAUUGUGGAUGGUGUUUUUGCUGCCAGGCAUCUAGAUCUCAGACCACUGUAUGCUGGGAAAUGUCGUUAUCACUCCACUACACAUAAUGAUCAUACUACAGAGGUGACAUGCCAGCAGCCUAUGCGCAAUCCUUGUGUCCUUAAAAUAAGAAGCAAUACAUGUUACUGCUGUGAUUUGUAUAAUUGUGGGAGAAUUGGAAACUCUGGCCUCUACUAUGAAUACACUGAUGUAAAAAGCUGCCAAGAUGUUGUGCAUCUCUAUCACUUGCUGUGGUCAGUAACCAUUCUGAAUAUAGUGGGCCUGUUCCUCGGGAUCAUCACCGCCGCAGUACUCGGAGGAUUCAAGGAUAUGAAUCCUGCACUUCCUGCUAUAAGUUGUAUUGCAGAGACCCCGCGCCCUACAGUACAGUACAACACAAGACCAGCCGUGCCCUCGUACAAUACUUACUAUCACAGCACUCCUCACCUGCCACCUUACACUGCCUAUGACUUACAGCAUUCCAGUGUGUUUCCAGCCUCAACACCUUCUGGCUUGUCAGAUGAUCCCAAUGGACAGGCUUCAAGCUUCAUGUGGCCAUCCAACGCCCCCCCUCGCUAUUCUCCACCGUACUUCCCACCGGAUGAAAAGCCACCACCAUACACUCCAUGACCCUUACGGAUAAAGACCCUUCUCAUCUCAGCAGAGGUUUAGGCGUACACCCGCCAAAUAGUGUACAUUUUUGUAUGAUACAUAUUUGGAAAUCUCUCAUCCGUACUAAAAUAUAUACAGUAUAUAUAGGCAGGUACCAACACUAAAAUGAUCACCUUUGCCAAACCUAAGUUAGGUCAUAUUGUCAUUUUAUUCUGACGUAUUCAAUGGCGAGGGCUAAAGCCACAUGGGUGACUUUGUUUUGCAGCAUUUUAGUACCAUCCGUUCCGGCAAGAUUACCUGCACAGAUGCAUCUUUGUCGUUUGUGGCCGAGACGGAGACAAAAAGAAAAAAAAAAGUUCUAAUUAUUUCCAAUGGAAAUGCUUCUUUGUAAAAUAUUCAAAUGUUUCUUUGUGGUUGCGCCUUUUAAUUUGGAAUUAGAAACGACAGAGCGGUAGAAAUGAAAGCUGCAACGACAAACCCCGUUCAAAUAAAUACCGCGUCUCGUGGCAGGUACUUGCAACUACGGAAUCACCCGUGCAGCUUUGCCUUGAAAGUGUAAGAAACUCUUCCUUUAUAUGUGAAUAAACAUGCACUGUUAGUAUAGUUACCAGCCACUGUAGGCUACACAUUUUAUUAGUUGUGUGUUUUGUGACUCACCUGUUUUCAGGCCGUGGUUCCUUGUCCGCUUCCAAAAUGGCGCCCAGUCAGCUGUGCCUAUUCUUCCCUUUGACACCAGCACAGUAGGAAGUGAAAUAGUAGUGAAGGAAGAGCUUGCGAGGAGAACCUAUAAACAUACAUGUACUAUAUGAUGUACCCACACACACACACACAAACAUAUAUAUAUAUAUAUAUAUAUAUAUAUAUAUAUAUAUAUAUAUAUAUAUAUAUAUAUAAACACGUCACACAGGCUUUAGCAAUGCCAGUCACCAAUUAGUGUAAAGAGUAAAAACAUUUGUGGGUGUCUUUUUGGGGAUGGAAUUGAGGAGACUUUCAGACGAAUCUGCUUUAAUAACAAGCAAAUUUCAGGUUUCCAAUCCCUUUAUGAAACAUUGGUGCUUCCCAACUGUGCUACGACUUUGACUCGUCGUAAAAAAACGAUAUGGCUUCUGUACAUUAGCACUGUGACUCAACAUCUACAUCCAUCGUGGUAUAUUGUACUGAAUGUUAUUUAUUUAAAAUAAUAUUUAUUGUACUGCAACGGGGUGGGGGGGGUGUAGAAAAAAAUUAAAUAAAAGAACAACACAGUGCAUUCUGCAACCGUAUAUAGGAAUAGAUUUACCAAACUGUGAACAAAAAUUAAAAAUGACUUUUUCUUA